GAGGAAAUGAAGAAGCCUGGGUGAGCAGCAGAGGAGGGAGGGCGGAGGCGGAGAGGCCGCAGAUCAACGCAGACUUGGAGACACGCGGGGAGGAGAGGCUGAGGCUGCUGAGGUCCAGAGGGGCUGAGGAGGCAGAAGAGGAAGGACUGAGAAGGAGAGGACCAGAAUAGAGACAGACAGGCAGACAGACACCAGCGAAGACACAGGGAGAGAAACGCAGAAGACACAGUGGGGGCACGGAGGGCUGAAGGUCGAUUGGCAGGUCCGGCUGGCCCUCGGUGGGCACCCGAGGGUCCCUGCACCUCCCACCCCUGGGAGCCCUGCAGCCAGCCGGGUCCCCUCGUGGACAGCAGCGGGCCAUGGCAGAUUCCUGCAGGAACCUCACUUACGUUCGGGGCUCCGUAGGACCGGCCACCAGCACCCUGAUGUUUGUGGCGGGUGUGGUGGGCAACGGGCUGGCACUGGGCAUCCUAGGGGCCCGGCGACAGUCACGCCCAUCAGCCUUUGCUGUGUUGGUCACGGGACUGGCAGUGACAGACCUGCUGGGCACGAGCUUCCUGAGUCCAGCCGUGUUCGUGGCCUAUGCUCGAAACAGCUCGCUGCUGGGGCUGGCCCAGGGGGGCCACGCGCUCUGCGACGCCUUCGCCUUCGCCAUGACCUUCUUCGGCCUGGCCUCCACGCUCAUCCUCUUCGCCAUGGCCGUGGAGCGCUGCCUGGCACUCAGCCACCCCUAUCUGUACGCCCAGCUGGAUGGGCCACGCUGUGCCCGCCUGGCGCUGCCUGCCAUCUACACCUUCUGCACCCUCUUCUGCGCCCUGCCCCUGCUGGGCCUGGGUCAACACCAGCAGUACUGCCCCGGCAGCUGGUGUUUCAUCCGCAUGCGCUCCACAGAGCCCGGUGGCUGUGCCUUCUCACUGGCCUAUGCCAGCCUUGUGGCCCUGCUGGUGACUGCCAUUGUCCUGUGCAAUGGCUCUGUCACCCUCAGCCUCUGCCGCAUGUACCGUCAGCAGAGGCGCCACCAGGGAUCCCUGGUCCCCAGCUCCCGGGCACGCGAAGACGAGGUUGACCACCUGAUUCUGCUGGCCCUCAUGACAGGCAUCAUGGCUGUGUGCUCCCUGCCUCUCACGAUCCGAGGCUUCACCCAGGCCAUCGCGCCGGACAGCAGCGAGAUGGGGGACCUGCUCGCCUUCCGCUUCAACGCCUUCAACCCCAUCCUGGACCCCUGGGUCUUCAUUCUCUUCCGCAAGACCGUCUUCCAGCGACUCCGCCUCUGGCUCUGCUGCCUGUGCUCCCGGCCCGCCCGCGGCGACUCGCAGACCCCGCUCUCCCGGCCCGCCCCAGGGAGGGGGGACCCCCGGGUCCCUGGUACCGCUCUCCAGGGGAAGGAGGGGAGCUGGGUGCCGCUGUCGGCCUGGGGCGAGGGGCAGGUGGCGCCCGUGCCUCCUGCGCCGCGGUCCAGCGGCAGCACCGUGGGAACGCCGUCCAAAGCCGAGGUCGCCUGCUCCCUCUGCUGACAUCGAAGCCGGCCCUGUCAUCGCCUGCCCUCUCUUCCGGGGACAGGAGCCAGAAAACCGAGCUCGGGGGCCGGGGCGAUGCUGCGGAUGUCAGAACCUUCUGCCCCGAAUCCGGGGCGGGCCAGCUGCUGUUCGUCCUCCUGGAGGGCCACCGCUACAGGCUCUGGGAGCAGACCGGGGGACGCAGGCGACGUUUAUCCUGGAGCACAAAAAGAACGGUUUUCUCAAAAUAGCCAGCGGCCUAGCUGCCCGAUCCGGCCCCGGCUCCCCAUCCAUCUCACUGUGUAAAUAUUUAGGAGGUGGAAGCGUUCCCAGCGGCUUCUGUGCACUCGGGUCUGCUGGGUUAGGCUCCCACUCCCAGGCUCAUCCAUUAAGGGGGCCCUGGCUGCCCACUCCAGUCCCCAGGGGACGGCCUGCCCUCUCCUAAGCCACUCUAAGAGCCACUCCCUCUCUGCCCGUGGGAGCCAGGGAUUCUCGGAAAACUUCCCAUCCCCCAUCAGAUUUGGGGGCCCAGAACCCCAAGGGUAGGUGGGAAGAAGGCAAGGUGGUGGAGACAUUGCUGGACUUGAGCCAGGUACAGAAAGGAUCUGAGGAACUCUGCGCAGCUUAGGUGGCCUGUGCCACUCGAACUCAGGGGGAGGUUGGCCCGGAGAAAGAUGGAGAAGCUGGUGGCUGAAGGGGUGGGAGCUGGGGAUCCCAGGAGCCUCCCGAGAAUGCAGACCCAGGUCCUGCGCCUGUCCCCCAUUUCUCAGCCAUGAACAAACAGCUGCCACCUUA